AGUCAGACUGUUAUUCACACACUGUGUACCUGCUGAUCUGGGUGCAUUUCUCUCUGAGUGCUCUGCUCCAGUCUGCUCUGAGAUCAUGUACUGCUGGGGUGACAACUGCUUUGGGCAGCUAGCUUUAUUGCAAGGGGAAAAAGAAGUGGUGCAUUUUAAAGAAAAUGAUUAUUUUCAAAGCCAGGAAUGUGUUCAGAAAGUGUCCUGCGGUGAAAAGCAUACCCUUUACCUGCUGGAAGAUGGUACUCUGCUUUCCUGUGGCCAAAAUCCCUAUGGGCAAUUGGGCAGAAAAAGCAACAACAGUAGCAUUGAACAAAUCAGUUCAUUGGAGGCCCAAACCAUUGUAGACAUAAGUUGUGGGACAAAUCAUUCAGUGGCAGUGAGCGAUGAAGGCAGUAUAUAUUCGUGGGGUGAUGGAUCAGAAGGUCAACUUGGAACAGGAAACCUUAGUUCAAGAAACUUUACACCCAAAAAAAUAACUGGACUUUUCAACACAAAAAUAAUACAAAUAUCAUGUGGAAAUUUCCAUUCACUUGCUCUUUCUGAAGAUGGAAGAGUAUUUUCAUGGGGACAGAAUAAAUGUGGUCAGCUUGGCUUGGGCAGCCAGAUCAUUAAUCAAGCUACUCCUCAGCUUGUGAAGUCUCUUAAAGGGAUCCCAUUGGUUCAGGUGACUGCUGGUGGUUCCCAAAGCUUUGCUCUCUCCAUGUCAGGAACUGUUUUUGCAUGGGGAAAGAAUAAUGCCGGACAACUUGGUUUUAAAAGUGACCCAAUGAAAGCAGGCACCUUUAAACCACAUGCUGUGAAUUCAUUAAGAAACCUUGGAGUUGCCUAUAUUAGCUGUGGUGAAGAACAUACUGCUGUUCUGAGUAAGGAUGGCAGUGUGUAUACAUUUGGAGAUGAUACUCAUGGGCAGCUGGGGCAAAACUCUGGGAACCAAACGUCAGUCCCUCAGAAAAUAGAAGAUUAUGCUGGACAAGUUUCCCAGGUUGCUUGUGGAAGGUACCACACUCUGCUAUAUGUCUUCUCUUGCAACCGCAUUGUCUCAUUUGGAAAAGGCUCACUAAGACCACAAGACAAUACUGAAUGCAGUGACGAAGCAGAACUGCCUUCAGAAUUUGACAUCAGUAGUUUGGUUCCAACAAAUGAUUUAAGAGAUGUUUAUGUGAAAUGGAUCUUUGCAGGAAAUAAUGUCGGUUUUGCAGUUCCCUUUUCUCAACAAGAGGCCACUAAAAGAACUUUAUUAAGUGACACUUUUAAACCCAUUCUUCGACUUGACCUUCCUACAAUUAAAAAGUGGAUGAAAGCACAAACUGGAAGUGAAGAAUACCAAAUAGCUAAACGGGAAAUAUGCACAAUUUUUUCUUCACCCGCUUGCUUUACAGCUGGUUUUGUAAACCGCAGCUCUUCCAACACUUCCUCAGCAUCUUCAAUAGUUGACCUUGGGGUUGCAUCUAAAUUAUUUACAGAGUUAAUCAAAGACAGGAGGAUUUCUGAUAUUAUAUGUUCUUCAAUUCGAAAUGAUCUCAUUCCAGAACUUGAGUCUCUCCCUUUGCUUUAUGAGGCAUUUGCUAUAUUCCUCCUACUUCCAGAAUGUCCCUUACUGCAUGACCUAAGUAUUUGUCUGUCAGUGGUGGUUGCACUUGCUAAGGCUAUCAACAACAUGGGUGAAAGUUCUCUGAAGAUAUUAGGAACAUUGUGGUCACACAUGCAAGCAUCCUCCAUGACAAAGCAAAUCCAGUUACUUAAAAUUGCUGUGAUAUUAUCUAUACAAGGUAUUCAAGCAGAACCUGGAACUAAAGAUCUCCUACAGAUGCUAAAGAAGCUAUACAAGGCUAACUUGAAGGGCAAUUGCAUUGUACCAAUUAAUGCAUUCUGCAUGAAUGAACUUUGCCCAUUGAUUAUACUUCCUUUAGAUGUGAACAACUGGCGUCUAUGGCAGUCUCAACCUGAGCCUGAUGAAAAUGCCUUUCCUGCUAUAUAUUGCCGUUUUCCAUUUGUCUUUAAUUUUCCCACAAAGGUCCAAGCACUUCACUUGGAUUCAAUGCGGAAAAGAAAUAAUGAAAAAUUUCAGGCACAAGAACAACUUGUGCGGAACAGACUGCAGGGAAUUAGCGACCUUCCAAAUAUACCUCUGUUACAUCUCAUCUUACGACGUGGCCACUUGUUAGAAGAUACAUUACAUAAGCUAAGUAUUGUGGAAGACCCAAACCUGAAGAAAGACCUACUGGUUGAAUUUCAAGGUGAAAGCACAACGGAUUCUGCAGCAGUCACAAAAGAGUUUUUCCUGGUUCUGUUAGAAAGUAUGGUUAAUCCUGAUUAUGGCAUGUUCAGCUGUUCUGAUCCAUUAUUACCCAUAUGGUUCCCAAGUACUCCAUUAGUGGAAAAGAAAAAGUACUUCUACUUUGGCAUAAUAUGCGGCCUAGCAGUCUAUAACCAGAUAGUUAUUUACCUUCCCUUUCCCUUGGCACUGUUUAAAAAGCUUUUGGGUAAAAAAGCAACUUUGGAAGAUUUGAAAGAACUACAACCAACCAUGGGAAGGACCAUGAAGGAUUUACUGGAUGCAGAGAGUACAGUUGUAGAGAGUAUGGAAACAUAUUUUUGUUUUUCCUGGGACAAUAAAUCCAUUGACUUGAUACCCAACGGAGGAUCAGUACAGGUCAACAAUUUAAAUAAGAAAGAUUUUGUUAACAAGUGUAUUGACUACAUAUUCAACACAUCCGUAAUGGUACCAUUUGAGGAGUUCAAGAGAGGGUUUUACAAGGUCUGCGAUAAAGAAAUCAUUUCAUUCUUUCAGCCAGAUGAGCUAAUGGCUCUUGUUGCUGGGACUACAGAAUAUGACUGGAACAUUUUUGAAAAGACUACCAUGUAUCUUGGCAAGUUCACACCUGAUCACCCAACUAUCAGGAUGUUUUGGAAGGUUUUCCAUGCACUGUCCCUGGUGAACAAGAAGGGUUUUCUGAUGUUUCUCACCGGAAAUGACAAGCUCCCCAUAUUUACAAGAGGUGGAGACAACAUAAGGAUGAAGAUCUCUAGUUUUGGAGUUCCUGAUGAAACACACCUUCCGGAAGCACAGACCUGCUUUCACAUGUUAUUUCUUCCAGAAUAUUCCAACAUAAAGUCUCUCAAACAAAAGCUGAUGUUGGCUAUAGCCCAUAACAAGGGAUAUGAAAAGAUCUAAAAUGUGACUAAGCAGAGACUGGAUAGCAAUUGUUUAGUUGUUUUUCCAGAUACAAGAAAAAGCAUGAAAUUUAUAGACUUCUGCUAUAUUGUGGUAUAUUUUUCUCUGUAUUUUAUAUAAUCAUAAUUUGGGGUAAAACAUUAUUUACCCCAAAGCUGUCUGUUUAGUGUGCUAAUACUCUGCUGAAGAGGUGAAUGAUAAGAAUUUCAAAGUCAUUGUCUCCUACUGUGUGUGCAGGGGGUGCACACACAGUGUUAGGUGCCUCUUCUGCCUGCCUCUAGUUCCAGCCCUGUUGUGACAUAUACAGUAGCUUGUUUUUGGUUGACAUGGAACACCAUUACUGGGCAGGUAUACCUUGACAAUUCACAAAGAUAAGAGUAACUAGUUGGCACUAUCUUUUUAGUUUGAUAUUGUGAAAUAAACACUACACAAUAUUUGGUGGUGUUUUAUGUUAAGCUUGUGUAAAUUGCUUUAAAUGUUCCUGAUUCAAUUUCUAUAAAUAAUUAUUAGAUAAGAAUAAGGAUAGUACCACGCUUUGGCCAAAAUACGUAAGCUCUUGUGCCACGCCAUGCCCCUCAUUCUGUAUCCUAUACUGGUGUACUAAAUGUUGCAUUUAAAAUCAUUAAAGGAAAACUUAACUCUAAAAA